AUGACGGCCCCAAAACAACGGCUCUUCUUCUGUAUCACCCUAAUUCUCUUUCUCUUUGCAUCUUCAGAAACCCUUCAUGAUUACCAAGCAGAAUACUCGGAUGACUCAUCUCUAAAAAUCAAGCACGAACAGCUCCUAGCAAAGAUUCACAAUUUAGAGUCCAGCAUUGAAAAGAGGAGCCAUGAAAUAUAUUCCAAGGAUGAAAGAAUUAAAAUACUGGAGACGACUGUGGUUGAAAAAUCAAAUAGUUUGGCCUCCUUGCAUGGUGAAAUUCAGUCUCUCCAGCAGAAAAAAGAAUCUUUUGAUGCCAAGGAACAAGUGGGUGAGGCUCAUGCACAGGCUGGCGAACUUGAAAAACAGGUUGAAAAUCUUAAAAAGGAAAUAGCAAGGCAAAACAGCGAAAAGGAUUCACUGGAAGCUCGAAUAAAUGUUGCUGAGACAAAAAUUGAGGAAUUGAAUGUGAAACUUGAACAGCUCCAGAGGAUAAUUAAAGAACAGAAGAUUAGAAUUCGUAACACAGAACGCGCUUUACAGAUGGCUGAGGAAGAAAGAACGAGAGUCCAAUUUAGAGCUGCACACUACUCUAAAGAACUGGCAGAGGUCCAUGAGUCAUGGCUUCCACCUUGGCUGGCAGCUCAUUUAGUUCACUGUCAGUCCUUCAUGGUAACUCAUUGGAAUGUGUAUGGAAGACCAGCUCGGGAUGUUGCAAUUCAAAAGGCACUGGAAACAGAAGCUCAAGUUCGAAAGUGGGCAUGGCCCUAUAUUGAUGUGGUGCAGACAAAGUGGAUCCCUAUCAUCAAGGAGCAGUGGCUUACAUUCGUGACGAAUAUGGAACCACACGCGCAAAUACUUACUGCCAAGACUGUUGAAAUUUACGAUGCAUCUAAGAAAACUUUAAAGCCUCACAUUGUGAACAUACAAACUUUUGUGGAUCCAUACAUUAAGGAAGCCAAGAAGCUCAUGAAGCCCUAUAUUGAUCAGCUUUCGAAGACACUGAAACCUCAUCUUAAUAAAGCACGGGUUUUCCUUAAGCCUUACACAAAGAAAUUACUCCGUGGUUAUCGAAGGUUUUCAAAGGCCACCCUAAAAUACCAUCGCCGGGUUCGUGCUGACAUUCAUGAAAUGCUGAAGCGCAAUGAGUUUACACGUCCUUUUGCAAGUAAUGAGCUGGUGUGGUUUAUGGCCUCUGCUUUUAUGGUCUUUCCUGUGAUGGUUCUACUUUCAAUGGUGUCAGCUUUAUUCAGUAAAAAACCAAGAAGACGUACCCGUACUUCCCAUACAAACCAUCCAAGACGUAGGGCAAGACGGGUGCAUCAAGACAAGGCAAACGCCUCAAGAUAGUUACUACAGUGUUCUUCUAUCAGAUAAGAUUGUAGAGCCAGCAGCAGAACAUAAUGGAAGGCUGGUGAUGGUAGAAAGAAGGUUAGAAUCAGAAAUCAGCAGUAUUAUGUCAAUACUUGGAAAUACAAAAAACAUGAUGGUAGUAAUCAAUAUCAGAUCCUUUUUGCCCUCUCUCCAUUUACAAAUAUUGGUU